CAAAUGGUGACACCUGGCCCGUCAAGCAUGACAUCGUUUUCCAAUGCAGGAGGAAGUAUAAACCGUAUGUAUGGUGAUCAACCCGGGCGAGUUGGAUUAGAGUGCUCUCGAUGUGGUCGAAAAGGACAUCUUGGAAAUGACCCCAAGUGUCCUGCUCGAGACAAGGAAUGCGGUUUCUGCAAGCGUAUUGGGCAUUUUGCCAAGAAAUGUAAAACUGCUAGUGCAAAAACAUCGAGGUUUGAAUCUCAAAGAAGCAAACCAAUGAAAAGCGGUCCACAACAAAAUCCCCAGCGAGGUCCACAGCGUAUUAGAGUGGUUCCGUCGGAAGAAGUAGAAGAGAUCGAUGAAAGAAAUCGUCAGAGUUUUAUAUUUUCCAUUGGCGAUGGCGAUGAGUUCAUUUGGCUGAAGCUAGGAGGUGUAAUGACUCAAAUGUUAAUUGAUUCCGGUAGUCGCAAGAACAUAAUUGACGGUUCUACCUGGGAUUGGCUUGAAUCGCAAAAUAUUCCUAUUCGGAAUGCUACCAAGAGCGUUGAUCAGAAAUUUCGUGCCUACGGUACGAAUUCAAGGUCGUUAGAUGCUAUAGGGAUGUUUGAUUCUACUAUCGAGAUUCCUAACGGAGAUCACCAGGCCCGGUGUGAUGCAAGGUUCUACGUGGUACGUGACGGAAAUCAGCCACUGCUGGGGAAGGAUACGGCAAAGGAACUGGACGUUCUGCGAUUGGGAGUUCCAAGUGAUCGAAAUCAAAUUGCGUAGGUAUGUUAGUAUCAUUAUAUUACUGUUAUUGUUUAAAGUUAAUUUUUUUUUGAUUCAAAUGACAAAGAUUGUUGUCAAAUCGACUUUUCCGAAGAUGAAAGGCAUAAAACUGCACAUACCAAUCGGCAAGUCAGUGACACCAGUGGUUCAGCAUGCUAGGAGACCUCCGAUCGCCUUACUGAGCCGAAUAGAAGAGAAGUUGGAUCAACUCGAGGCAACCGAUAUAAUAGAGAAGGUGGAUCAAUACAGUGAUUGGGUUUCGCCUCUGGUCGUCAUAGUGAAAGACAGUGGAGAACUGCGAAUUUGUGUGGACAUGCGAGUUGCUAAUCGAGCAAUCAAGCGAGAACAUCACCUAAUGCCUACAAUAGAAGACUUUCUCCCACGUUUCAAGUCGGCGAAGUACUUUUCAAGGCUGGAUA